AUGAUGGUGUAGCGUUUGCUUUACACUCGCUCGCAUAUUUUUUGCAGCUUUGGCUCCCGGAGAAGUUUGGGUGGAUUUGGGCUGUUGUCGUUUGGGCUUGAAGUAGGUUUUUGGGGUGACGUCUCUAUUACUUGAAUAAUGGCAUCAGAAGAGGAUCCAACAGUAGCCGCCGCGGCUGGUGGCGAGGAGGACGAACUCCAGACACCGGGCUACAAGGCACCAGCGAAGAAAUCCUUGGACGAAAUCCAGAAGCUUGACCAAGACGAUGAGUCACUGGUAAAAUACAAGAAAAUGCUGCUGGGCGAAGCUGCGAAUGCUGAGAUGCUGGACGAGGGUGGUAGCAAUGUUAUUGUCAAGUCGAUUACGCUGGUUGUUGCCGAUCGUGACGACAUAACGCUGGAUCUCACAGGUGAUACUUCUCAGCUGAAGAGCUCGCCGUUCACAGUGAAGGAAGGCUGCAGCUACAGACUAAGAAUCACAUUCCGGGUUCAAAGAGAGAUUGUCACCGGCCUAGUGUAUUCACAUGCCACCUACAGAAAGGGCAUAAAGGUGGACACGGAGGGAUUUAUGCUGGGCAGCUACGGGCCCAGGAAGGAGGUUCACACGUACAUGACGCCCGUGGACGAGGCGCCAUCGGGCCUGAUUGCACGCGGCAAGUACGUGAUGAAGAGCAAGUUCUGCGAUGACGACAAGCACGUCUACCUGGCGUGGGAGUGGGGUCUGGAUAUCAAGAAGGACUGGUGAACGAGAUCAAGCCUGCUGCUGGAGCACUGCUGAAAUCCGUGUGUAACCUUGUUCUCAACACGUAAGAUAGUUUUAAAAUUUCUUUCACCGUUUCUCCCCAAGCAAUUUGACUGCCUUUGACUGUGUCCCUCGUUACAUUGAUACGCGUGUGGUAUUCUCCGGUAGUGAUGCUGAUGGUGGCCCAACUGAUUUUGCUGGGCAUGUUUUCCUUGUUCGCAUACUCUAUCUCACUCCUUCUCCCAAUCCGUGACUGCCUCUUGGAUCCUGGUGUACUGAUUAUGCUACUAAGUUUCAGUGCAAUAAGCUGCGGAUUCUCAAUCCUUCCUUGCUGCUUGCUGGCCUGCCUAGUCUGCCCGGUGCGUGUAUAUCAAGCCAAUGCAUUGGUGUGCAAGUAGUCGUCUGCUCGUAUCACCUGGACCAGAAGCCACGCUGUGCAGAUGCUCGCCUCUUGCAGGUCCAGUGCAUACUGUUCGGUUCCAUCUUCAGCUCACUCAUCUUGCAGUGCCGCUGUACAAGGCCUGUCGAAGCCGGCGCCGCCUGCUACUGCUAGCCGAUUGGUAUAUUGCAAAUCUCUCUGUCUCUCUCUCUCUCUCUCUCUCUCUCUCUUUCUCUCUCUCUCUCUCUCUCUCUCUCUCUCUCUCUCUCUCCGCUACUUUCCUGGCGACUCUCAUCAUCGUCCCUUGCUCGUAACAUCUUGCUAAAGUGCUCUGUGCCAUGCCGUAAACUGCUUCUGCUGUCUGCUGCCAGCAGUAUUAUUUUCGUUUCCUAAUUGACGCCCUGACAAUGUCACGACUUUGA